AUGGCAGCAGACCCAAAGAAAAUCUCGACCGAAAGGGUCAGAGAUGUCAACGACCAAGCUGUCUCGUCUGACUCAGAAACAUCAGCUUUGGCCGUGCUCCAAGAGACCCCCGAAAGGAGCUGGAGAUCAUAUCUUUGGGACACAUUCGACAAGUCCCCCGAGGAACGCAGAUUUCUCUUCAAGCUUGACCUUGCUCUUAUGACAUUGGCCUCACUGGGAUACUUCAUCAAGUAUCUGGAUCAGGUCAACAUCAACAAUGCCUUUGUGUCUGGGAUGAAGGAGGAUAUGGGCCUCUGGGGAAAUGAGUUGAACUAUAUGCAGGCAUGCUGGACCGUUGGAUAUGUUAUUGGUGAAAUUCCGAGUAACAUGCUACUGACGCGUAUUCGGCCAAGCAUCUGGAUCCCUGCCUGCGAGGUUACCUGGUCCGUUCUAACCAUUCUUCUCAUAAAGUGUACAAACGCCACGCAGCUCUAUGUUCUUCGCUUUUUUAUCGGUCUUGCUGAAAGUACCUUCUAUCCUGGAAUGCAAUACAUUGUUGGCUCUUGGUACCGCAAGGAUGAGCUCGCCAAGCGUUCGUGUCUCUUCCAUGCCAUGGGAAACGUGGGCUCCAUGGUCUCUGGCUACUUGAUGGCCGGCUCGCACAACCUCGAUGGCGUGCAUGGGUACCACGGAUGGCAAUGGUUGUUUAUCACCAACACUGUUGUAUCUCUACCAAUCGCCAUCUCUGGGUUCUUCUUCCUGCCUGACGUACCUGAGAUUACCAAGGCGUGGUACUUUACUCCAGAAGAGAUUGCGCUGGCAAAACGACGCAUGGAACUUGAGGGUAGAGCGAAGAGAGCACCAUACACUAAAGCCAAGUUCAAGAAGAUUUUCAGCAGCUGGCACAUCUACGUCCUGGUCUUGCUUUACAUUCUAUUCAAUAACGGUAACGGAGGCAGCUCUCAGCCUGCGUUUCCCCUGUGGUUGAAAUCACAAGGCUACACAAUCCGAGAAGUCAAUAUUUACCCAACAAUUGUCGAUGUCAUCAGCGUCGUUACGACACUCAUCUACGCGUGGACAUCGGAUAGUCUAUUCCGUGGUGCCCGUUGGCCGGCUAUUGUGUUUUCUGGCUUGGUCAAGAUUAUAGCGUACGUUGGACUCACGGUAUGGAAGGUUCCUACCGCCUUCACAUGGGUGUGCUUUAUGCUGUGUGGUUUUGGCGGCGGCAUCAGCGGGUUGACCUUUGCUUGGGCGCAUGAAAUCUGCAGUGACGAUAAUGAGGAAAGAGCCCUCGUUACAGGUGCGAUGAACCAGAUGGCGUAUGUUUUCCAAGCUUGGUUACCAUUGGUCAUUUGGCAACAGGUUGAGGCGCCGAGCUAUCCCAAAGGAUAUCCUACUAUGGUUGCCAUGGCAGUGGCAUUGAUCGGAACUGCUUUUGUAAUCCGGGUAUUGCAUAAGAAACAGAUUGCCGGAGGGCGGCAUGCUUUAGCAGUGGCUUGA